AUGUUGAUGAUGAUACAUAUUCUAGUAGCUGGGCAUACACAAGGGGAUUGUGUAGAAGAGGAGAGAAAGGUACUACUGGAAAUCAAAGCCUCCCAUAUGAAGUCUUAUGAUUCUGAAAUUGACCAUUUUCUCCCUACCUGUGUUGAUUAUGGCAGUAGUACACCUGGGGAUGGUGGCAACAACUGUUGUGAUUGGGAGACGAUCAACUGCAGCACAACAACGGGGCAUGUGACAGAACUCUCUUUGUACAACUUAAGAGGGGUGAAAGACGUCUACAUGGAUGAUGAGAGCAAGUUGUGGCCAUUGAAUGUUUCCUUGUUUCUUCAUUUUAAAGAGUUGACAAGUCUCAAUUUGUCAUUUGAUUUUCUUGAUAAAGAGAUUAUGAAGAAAGGUACAACGCGAUUAAUUGCUUUAGUAUUUCUUUCACCUGGUUCCAAUGCCAUAUUUAUUCGAUAUUUAUCGAUGUUGCUCAAAAGGUUGUCCUUUCAAUAUCAAAAGACUAGGAUGCAUGUGUUAAAAAAUUUCUCUUUUGGCGGACUUGAAAGGUUGUCGAGUUUGAAGAAGUUGGAGGUACUAGACCUUAGUGGGAAUCAUGAUAUCGAUAACGACAUCAUUCCAUCAUUGAGGACACUCACUUCACUCAAAAUCUUGGAUCUUAGCCACACUAGCUUCAAUGGAUACUUCUCUACCAUUGAAUUUGCUGCUUUAGAGAACUUCGAGAUGUUGGAUCUAAGCUAUGUGAGUGUAAACCUACUUAGGUGUGAACCUGCCAUGAGUAGCUGCACCACCCUCUUUUGUUGA